AUGGAAGAUCCACUUUUACUGGUAGACGGUCAGUCCAUCACCGCGAAUCCAAAGCCGACGCCGACAUGGUGGACGGACUUCACGGCGGAGCUGAAGAACGUCAGUCGCAUGGCGGCGCCGUUGGCCACCGUGACCGUUUCUCAGUAUCUAUUGCCUGUCAUCUCGAUCAUGGUCGCCGGCCACCGCGGCGAGCUCCAGCUUUCCGGCGUCGCUCUUGCCACCUCUUUCGCAAACGUCACCGGUUUCAGCAUCAUGUAUGGAUUAGCUGGUGCACUUGAAACUCUGUGUGGCCAAGCUUUUGGUGCAAAACAAUAUGCCAAAAUCGGAACUUUCACUUACUCUGCAAUUGUUUCCAACGUACCCAUUUGUUUACUCAUAUCGAUUCUCUGGAUUUAUGUGGACCAACUCUUGAUUUUAAUCGGACAAGACCCUGACAUCUCUGGAGUAGCUGGUUCCUACGCGGUCUGGCUCAUACCGGCUUUGUUAGCUCAAGCGGUUCAACAACCGUUGACUCGGUUUCUCCAGACUCAGGGUUUUGUUCUACCUCUUCUCUACUGUUCCUUAACUACACUUUUGUUCCAUAUACUCCUUUGCUGGACUCUGGUCUACACGUUUGGCCUCGGAAGCAAUGGAGCCGCCUUGGCGAUUUGUCUGUCUUACUGGUUUAAUGUCUUGAUUAUUGCUUGCUAUGUGAGAUUCUCUAGCUUCUUCGAGGAGACUCGCCGCUUUAUAGCUGAUGAUUUUGUGUCGGGCGUCAAGCAGUAUUUCCUUUACGGUAUACCAUCAGCUGCAAUGAGUUGCUUAGAAUGGUGGUGUUUUGAGCUCCUUGUAUUGGCCUCAGGACUCCUCCCUAACCCGAAACUCGAGACCUCUGUUCUUUCAGUUUGUCUUACAACAGGAUCUCUCCACUAUGUCAUUCCAAUGGGUAUCGCGGCUGCUGGAAGUACAAGGAUUUCAAACGAAUUGGGAGCCGGGAAUCCUGAGGUCGCAAAGCUGGCAGUGUUUGCCGGUGUUUUCCUUUGGUUCAUAGAGGCUACCAUUUGUUGCACACUUCUCUUCAUUUUCAGGGAUGUAUUUGGCUACGCCUUCAGCAACAGCAAAGAAGUUGUAGACUAUGUCACAGAGCUAUCUCCUUUGCUCUGCCUCUCAUUUAUCGUCGAUGGAUUUGCUGCAGUGCUUGGUGGGGUUGCUAGAGGAAGUGGGUGGCAACAUAUUGGAGCUUGGGCAAAUGUGGUGGCUUACUAUUUCAUCGGGGCUCCGGUUGGACUUUUCUUAGGAUUUUGGUGUCACAUGAACGGCAAAGGGCUAUGGAUCGGUGUGGUGAUUGGGUCUCUGUCCCAAGGCGUCAUAUUGGCUAUAGUCACUGCUUGCAUGAGUUGGAACGAGCAGGCAGCAAAGGCAAGAAAGAGGAUUGUUGUAGGGACUUCUUCGUUUGGCAAUGAAUCUGCUUGA